AGUGUUCGAGGAACACACAGUAUUGUGUACUGUGUACAGUGGACCUGGCGUGGUGAUCGACCGCCUCACUGGGUGUACCAACACAGCGUACAUCAGAGCUGUAGCACUUUUGUUUUGGUUUUGCGUUGACGUACUAAGCUUCGUUUACCGUGAUUACUUAUUUAGUUACCGUGUCAGUAUUAAGAAAUAUAGGACGUGGGAAGUGUGACACCGUCGCUAGGAAACUAACAGCAGUUUCUACAAUGAUUUUACAGAAGGCGCUCGUCUCCCUAGUGCUGAUGGCAACAGCUACGUCAGCAACCCUGACGUGCCCGUGCAAGUUAAGUGCGGUCGAUGAUCGGACCAUUGCAGACUGUACCAACUUGGACCUAUUGGAAGUUCCAUCGUGCCUGCCGAAAGAUACCACAAUCUUGGAAUUUUCCGGUAACAUCGUACCCGAACUGGAUGCCAAGCUCGUGGUGGACAUGCCGGAGUUGAGGUACCUGGACGCUGACCGCAGCCACAUCACCAACGUUUCGGUCACUGCUUUCACUGCGACGCCGGAGCUGCGUAAGGUUCAACUCUCCCACAACAACAUACGCCAAAUACCAGCCGGCCUCUUCGAUGCAACACCACUCCUAGAGGUAGUGGUCCUAUCAGGCAACAUGCUGUACAGUUUGCCGCGCAGCCUGUUCAAGAAAGUUCCGCACCUGAGAAGACUGGAGCUCACCUCCAACUACCUGUCCACACUGCCCGACGACCUGCUGGCCGGCUGCGGGCAACAAGCCGUCUUGCGCGUCGGUGCGAACCAUCUCACCACACUGCCGGCUCCUCUGAUCAGCUCCUGCUCCUCAAUGGUGGAACUGGACGCCUCUUCUAAUGAGAUGAGGGUUCUCCCAGUUGACGUGGUGGCGGCCAUCGGCCAACUAUCUCAUCUCGACACUUUGCGGCUGCACGACAACCCUUGGCAGUGUGACUGCACUCUUUCUCCACUGGCAGAGCUACUGCGGACGCACGACUCCCUGGACCGGCAGCUGACUUGCGAUGGCCCGCGAGCUGUGCGGGAGCGGCAUGUGGUGCACGUCGUCUCGGGGCUGGACUGCGCGCCCCAGAACAGCACCACGCCACCUGCAGUCCGCGCGCCACACCGCAGCCACCCUCCAGCUGCAACCAGCACAAACACAGUCACCAUCGUCGUGGUGGCCGUGGUGGUCACCUGCUGCACCAUAGCUGCCGUUGGCGCCUUCUUCAGCGUGCGCCGUCACCGGAGGAAGGCUGUCGAUAGGUCUAGCCUGCUGGUCACUGAAAACGCUUGAAAAACCGCCACAACAACCAUCACUCCCUAUACUCUUAUCCCAGAGGCAGAAAGUGACCGAGAAGGAGCGCAGAAGACCAUAUGGUGUUCCAUAAUGAUAAGCGAUAGAGAGAUACAUCACACACAAAGUAAGGUGGACUAAUUGUGACGGAUGUGGUUAGGUAUCAAGUACUGCCUCAGCAGACUACGCCGGUAGAUGAAACUGUGAACUUGCAGAAUUUUCCAGAAUGUUUGAUACGAUAGUUUAUUAGUAUAUAACUCUCUCAUGCUGUGAUAAAUAUCAUUUGUGAUUGGGAAACAGACCGUAGCUACUUGCAUUACCAUCACGAAACUACAAUUUUAACCGAGAAAGAAUGCUAUGUAUUUUAUUUGUGCUCCCUAUUUCAAAAUUUGUUCUUUUUAUGAGACUGAUAUGAUUAUAAUUGUCUCAAAUUUGCUGUCAUUUCUACAUUUGUAUUAGUAUUGUACACAUUUAAUUUUAUAUAAAAGUAUUUAACUUCAGAUAGAGGAUACUGUAGGCCAAAUUUAAUAGGAUUUAUUUUAAAUCACAUUGUUUUCUGUCGUAGUGAAAUUUAUGAGUUAAUAGCUGUGUAGACAAUAAUCAGAAAACA